AUGGCCCCCCGCCCCUGGCGCCUGAGCACUUCUCUCCUAAAACGCCCUUUCGUCUUCAAGCUCCUGGCCGAAGAGGCCGCCCUCCUUGGUUCCAACCCUUCGGCUGCCGACUGGGACCGCUGGAAACUCCACCUUACCCUCCGUCUCAAGCAGUUCGCCAACCAUGAACGGAACCGCGUGUCCAAAACUAUUGCCUUCCUCCAGCAUUUGAUCGGCAACCUCCUGCUCCGCUCAGCCUCCCAGGCUCCUAACCCCAUCACAAUGGCCGCCCUUGCUAAAGCGCAGCACCAACUCGCUCAAUACGAAGCUGCCAAAGCGGUUGAGAUCGCCUUCAAAGCCAAAGUGAAAGUGGAGGGACACAGAGAAAUGGGAAUUUCCCCCCUCCUCGCUGGCCUCGGAUCCCGCAUCAAGGCCUCUCUCAUCUCCUCCAUCACUCUUCCCUCAGGAUCCUCCACCGACCAUCUUCCUUCCAUGACAGCAGCCUGCACAACCUUUUUCAGCGCUCUAUACAGUGGCUCUCAACCCAUCUUGCACGAUAUCGGGUUCUGGCAACAUAUACCCAAGUCCUCCCUCCCCCCCGACCUUGUGCGACGCAUGGACGCGCCGUUUACACUUGCGGAAAUUAACCGUGCCAUCUCCAACCUUCCGAAAGGAAAAACCCCCGGCCCCGAUGGCCUCCCAGGCGAACUGUACCGGAUCCAUAAAGCCCACUUUUGUCCGCUCUUCUAUUCCUUACUAACGUCGUCCCCCUCGCCCCUACCCGCCCUUCCCCCAUCGAUGCUUCGUGGCCGCACGGUCCUCAUCCCCAAAAAGGGAGACUCCUCCUUGCUGGACAUCCUCCGACCUAUCACACUCAUGAACUCGGACUACAAAGUCAUUGCCCUCUGCCUCGCCUACCGCCUCCAACAAGCCCUUCCGCUCAUCAUUCACCCCUCACAAACUGCCUUCAUCAAACACCGUAAAAUCGGGGAUACCAUAAAUGAUAUUCUUGACAUUAUGGACUGGGCCUCCUCCAAAAGCUCCCCCCUCCUCGCCCUCACUGUGGACAUUCGAAAGGCUUACGAUUCUAUCGACCGUGAAUUCCUCCUCUCCAGUCUGGCCCACCUCGGCAUUCCAACCUCCUUCAUUGCAUGGGUUCGCCGUUUGCACACCAACACCUCUACCUGCAUCUCAGUCAACAACCUCGUCGGUGCAGACUUCCCCGUGCGCACCGGAGUCCGGCAGGGUUGCCCCCUCGCCCCCUUACUCUUCAUUUGUGCCAUUGAGAUUUUUCAGCGUCACAUGUCCCUCUCACUCCCCGGUUUCGCCCUCUGCCCUACGCAACGCCGUCUUAUGGCCUGCUACGCGGAUGAUGUCACCCUCUUUCUUAACUCUGACGCCGAACUCGGCAUCGCAACCGACAAUUUGCAAACGUUCGCCUCUGUAUCGGGGGAGUACCCCAAUUGGGCUAAAUGCUCCCUCUUGCUCUUUAACAUCCCUGCCCACUCCAUCUCUCACGCUGGUAACAUCCCAAUCCGCUCGUCUGCCGAGGCCGAACGUAUCCUAGGUGUCUUCGUCGAACAAGACUCCCCAGGUCGCACUACUUGGGACACCACCGUGUCCAAGAUCCAGCGCACGGCCAAAGCCCUGGCCGGUCUUCGCGCAACCGCUUCUUGUCGCAAAUCACUCUCCAACAUCUUUUUAAACAUGGUCAUCUCAUUCCCUGCUCGUUUCCAGCCUGUUCCUGCUCCAAUCCUCACCCGUCUGGAUGUCGCCGUUGGCAACUUUCUUUCCUCCUCCCGCUUCAAGGAACACGGUCUUGCUGUCCGCCUUAUCCCAAACCGUAUCCUCUACAACCAUGUCUCACAUGGGGGUCUCGGUGCCUUCUCCCCCCGCCAACAAGUCCUCGCCCUCUCUACCCAACGCGCCCUUCGCCGUUUCGGCGCAUCCCCGUCCGAAAACAUAGCCCGCCUUUCCUCCACCCUUCCAUACGGCCUCCACGCCUUCCUCGCCCACCCUGACAUCCUGCUACGCAACCACCUCCCUUCGGAAACACCUGCCCGCGCCCUAGCCGAACUCCACGCCUUUAUCUCCCUUCCCCCCACCAUCCUUCCCCCUCGUCUUGUGGCUGCAUGCAUUUUGGAAGAACCUUUAGCUUUCAAUCGCUCCAUUCUCCGUCCGAACGGCAAACCUUUUGGCGGGCGUAAGCAUGAGCGUUUCCUCAUCUCCCUUGAGCUACGCGUGGGCCACUUCGCCCGCAUCACCCCCACCUCGGUCCGCCCUCUCUCUAACGAAGAAUUCACCCCUCUCUUUCCCCCUCGUUAUUUUCCGUCUGGCAGACGAAUUCUCAAGCAGGUCUGCUCAGCCAUUCCGGCAGACUGGCACUCGGCAUCAACGGACCCCUCCUCGCCCCUUUCCGCCGCGCACCCUUCCCCCUCCCCGCUCCCCCCCGCGCCCCUCCCCUGCCCCUGCGCCAUCUGCUCCCGCCGUGCGCUCAUCUCCGCCUCUCUCCUCCUCUCCGCCUCCGCGCUCCCAGCAAACGCAGCCGACUCCGCCGCUUCCGCGCAGACGGCGGAGGCGGCGCAAGCGGCGCUGGCGGCGGUGCGCGGCGGUAAAUGGCGGUGGCAGGAAGAACUGUUCGCGUGGAUGAUGGCGACCGGUAUGAAGGAGUAUGAGGAGAGUGUAGAGGGCUAUUACUUUCUGGAGCAUGUAGCAGCACCGCAAGGCACCUCUCUGCACCUGUGGCAAACCGUCCUAGACCUCUUACAGCCCCUGCUAUACGACGGCUGCCACAUCACACGCAACCCCCUCCCUACCAUCAAGCUAGCAGGCUUUGCUGCAGUUAAAGCCCGGGAGGUGGUGCUGCCAGGGCGGUGGCUCAUCGGUCCCCACGUGAUUGGGCAAGCAGUUAAAGCCCACUACUACUUCCUGGAGCACGUGGCGGCACCGCAGGGCACCGCUCUGCACACCUGGCAGCGGCUGUUGGACCCCCUGCAAUCUACACUGGCAGACGGGUGUCAUCUCAAGCGCAGCCCUCUGACUGUCAUCAAGCUGGCGGGGUUUGGCGCGGUGCAAGCAAGGGAGGUGAUGGUUCCGGGGCUGUCGCUGCUGGCGCCACAUGUUGUCGGCACUGCUGUGGAGGCUUAG